GGUUCGGUCUAGAAGGGGAUAAACGAUGUCGCGUGUGCCAGUCAGUAGCUCCUAUUCCCGUCCAAGAUCGGGACUGGCCGAUGCUGCGGUUGACAACGUACGGCCGGAAUCGCUCGCAAGCUUAGGUUCGCUGGCCCCGUCUCUCAGCCAAUACGCGCUGGGAAAUAGUGCUGGAGCCGUCGGUGCAGUGGCCGGUGGAGAAUCAUCGAUGGCACGCGGCGCUGUCGAUGGGUUCACGGCGACCCCGGUCGGUCAGCUGGGCGUGACGGCUUUUACGGAGGGCAUCUACACGGAAGGAGGCCACAUUAACCCGGCAUUCAGCGAGGCUAUGACGAACAGUGCUGGCCAGAUGAUGACGGAACUGGUCGGGGAGGAAACGAUGGACAAGAUGGAAAGGAUGGAACAGAAAAUGGCACGCGCGGUGGAUAAGAUUACCGAUGUGGAGGUUUCGGCCGGCGAGAUGGCGAUGGUGGCUGGCGUGAUGGACUACCUGCCCGAGGGCGAGGAAGAACCAGCGGUGCCCGAGGACGUACCGGAUGCUGGGGAGACGCCGGACCUGUUUACCACGCCGCUGGAGGAGCCGGUAGAGGCGGACGUGGCCGUGCCGGACAUGCAGGAGCUGAACGUGGGAGAGCUGGGACGGAUGGGCGGACCGACGGAUGAAUACAUUCCACAGAUGGAGGACGCUGGUGAUGCCGAUGCAGAUGGUUGUUGUUGCUGCUGCUGCUGCGGCGAGGACGGUGGCGAUGAUCUGUGCGGCUGUGGCGAUCUGUGCGACUGCGGCUGCGGCAGCUGCUGUGGUUGCGGCGGACUGCUGGGCUGCGGUGACUGUGGGGACUGUUUCGGCUGUGGCGAUUGUAUCGGGUGCGCCGACUGUGCCGACUGCUGUUCGUUCGACUGCUCCAUAAUGUGAGCCUAAGGCCUGGUUACUUCUCGAACGAGAGAGAGAGAGAAUGGAGAGAAACUAGUGCAAUCGUUACACCCGUCCGUUCCUAACUCAUAGCCAAGCACUAGAGUUAGUUUGUAUGUGUGUGUGUGAGAGAGAGAGAGGGAGAUGGAACGAAGAGUGUUUGGUGCUAAGGCCUACUGCGUGGUCUAUUGCUGCUAAAGUGUACAAGUAUGUACAGCAAAAUAGAAUGCAAAAGACCAUCUAAAGUCCAUCUCGGUUGUCCAGUUGUCAUACUACUAACGUGAGCAGAUUAGCCUAGCGGACCUAAUUUAGUGUAUCAUAUUGAGCUGAACUUAGGAUAACAAAUUAUGGAGCUUUCCAUUUCUCACCGGGCAUAUGAGACAGGGAUCCGAGCGUGUGUAUUGAUCCUCAGCUCCGGUGUGAGCAGAGUUUCGCCUCUUAACUGUAAUCUACGUGUGCCACAAAAUAUCUCCUCUAGCUAGGGUUUCCCUCUUUUUUAAUGCAGGCUAAAGGGAUGGUACAGCAGUUACAAAGCUGCCAAUAUAGUAAGUUAACACAGUGUAAUUUUUGGAAUAGUUUGUUUUUGUUUUAUCCCCUUAUCGGAACGUUGAAUACCGAUUGCUAGCCAAGCUGAGCCUUCCUACCCGUUUGUGUUCAGUAUUUCCCUUGAGCUUGUAUGAUAAAUGAUAUACGAAUUUAUGUACGAGCGUGUGUGCUACUCGCAUAAAAGUAGAAAUAAGAUAAAUUUUACAUUUUGUAGCCAUUGUUUUUACUUUUCACGUAAUGAGCUAAGCUGAUGACACUGAAAGUGCAAUAUUUCAUUACUCAUUGUAUGUUUAUGCCCAUGCGGUCGUAUUGCCGUAUAAGUAUUAUCGUUUAUCAGCUGAUUACUUUAUCGGAUUGCUAACCGGAAGCGUAAGGUAGACGUUGUGUGUGUCCAAACCCCCCAAGAUACCGUUUAGCGCCUCUGGUUCUUCAAUAACACGUUUUCGGCAUUUGGAGAACAGAUAUUGCAUUACAGACAACGAUGGUAAAACUUACUCUCGUACACUUAUCUUAACGUCUGCCAAAUGUGCAGACGACUUUAUGGUGAGGUGUUCGUAGGAUUUGCCAACUUCCGACACUAACCGCCAUAGGUGUUGCCUGAUAAGCAACGUAUAAGCUUGCGUCAACCUACUAGAAGUACGAUAAUUGGACAAUUGUGUUGAGAAAAUAACAUAAACGGAAGUUGUUGCCAUAGGAUUAGUCUAACAUUCUGAAAACAUACCAGCUCAAUGACCAGAGUGGAGCAUAACUGCAUAACGGAAAUUGGAGGCAAACGUCAUGCAGAAGAGCUCUCGAGAAGGACCUGAAUUGGUUAGAGCCGCUCUUUUGGAGAUUACGCCAAUCGCAGAUUUUUCGGGACAUUUUUUACGACAAUCAAAUACGUUUUUUGUGAUAUUCGUUAUUGUUAUAUUAUUUUGUGUAAAUAAAUGUAUUUAUGUAAUCAUUAUCCAUUAGA